CGAUAUCUUAUGUCUAUGUUUGUGUGGAUGUGUGUGUGUGUGUGUGUGUGUUUGUGUCUACAUUUUAUGUGUUUGCGUGCCCCUUUCUUGCACAUCAGCCAUAUGCACGUUUGAGGAAAUCAUAUCUAGUUUCUAUGUACAUUAUGCAGUAAUAAUCCAACAUGGCGGCAGGCCUGAACCUCCAGCCUCAGACCGUCAACGGUCGCCUGAAACUUGACCUGAGUAACCAGGAUCUGACGUCCAUCCCGGAGGAGGUGUUUGAUAUCACUGACCUGGAGUUUCUAGAUGUGUCCAACAACAAACUAAGCAGCAUCCCGGAAGCAAUCGGCCGUCUGCAGAAACUUUACCGUUUGGACGCUGACGGCAACAUGCUGAAAAGUUUGCCACAGGCGAUCGGCUCCUUGCAGAAAUUGACACAUCUGUACGUUUAUCGUAACAAACUUGCCAACUUGCCUCCUGGGAUAGAGAAGCUGCAGAAAUUGACAUUACUGUCCAUUUUUGAUAAUCAGCUGACAAAGGUUCCACCUGGAGUUUGUAUGCUGCCUAGUCUUGAGGUGUUAGAUGCCAGUAACAAUAAACUCUCCACCUUCCCUCCUGGUGUGGAAAAGCUGCAGAAACUGAGAGAACUGGGCAUUGAUGGUAAUCAGCUGACGGAGGUUCCGCCGGGCGUCUUUUUGCUCCCUAACCUUGAGGUGUUAGAUGUCAGUGUCUGCUCGCUCCCUAACCUUGAGGUGUUAAAUGUCGAUAACAAUAAUCUCUCCGCCUUCCCUCCUGGGGUGGAAAAGCUGCAGAAACUGAGAGGACUGGGCAUUAAUGAUAAUCAGCUGACGGAGGUUCCCUCAGGGGUGUGCUCGCUCCCUAACCUUGAGGCGUUAGGUGUCGGUAACAAUAAGCUCUCCACCUUCCCCCCUGGUGUGGAAAAGCUGCAGAAACUGAGAGUACUGCACAUUUAUGGUAAUCAGCUGACGGAGGUGCCCUCAGGUGUUUGCUCGCUCCCUAACCUUGAGCUGUUAAAUGUCAGUAAUAACCCCAUCAGACGCCUCCCCAAUGACGUCACACGACUCACCAGGCUGAAGAAUCUCGAUGUCCACUGCUGUCAGUUUGAUGAGUUCCCCAGACAGGUGCUGCAGCUGAAGACACUGGAGAAACUGUACGCUGGACAAAGCGUCGGACGGAAGUUUGACAUGGUCCCAGAUGAAGUGGGAAACUUACAACACCUGUGGUACUUGGCAUUGGAAAACAACCUCCUCAGAACCCUGCCGAGCACCAUGAGUCGCCUGCACAACCUACGGGAGGUCCACCUCUGGAACAACAAGUUCGACACGUUCCCAGAAGUCCUGUGUGAACUACCUGCCAUGGAGAAACUGGACAUAAGUAACAACAACAUCACCAGGCUCCCAACCGCCCUUCACCGAGCAGACAAGCUGAAGGACUUGGAUGUUUCUGGAAACCCCCUGACAUACCCUCCACAGGACGUGUGUGAACAAGGGACCGGCGCCAUCAUGGCCUUCCUGAAACAGGAGGCUGAGAAAGAUGAGAGAAUUCUUCGUGCCUUCAACCGCCUGUCCGCGAGGAUGAGCCAAACCCAGUGGAAGCCUCUGGCCCGGAGCCUGGGGCUCAGCAACAGGGCGGUGGACGCCAUUAAGGCUUCCGCCCCAGACGACGUUCCUGACCAGGUGUACCAGACCCUGGUACAGUGGAAAGAGAAGGAAGGUGAGGCGGCCACACUUUCCGCCCUGGAGCAGCACCUCAGAGACCUGGACUUUCAGCAGCUGGCGGAUCAACUUACACCCAGGACCCCAGAUCGCAGAGGACAUGACACUGGAGCCGUCGGUGCUGUUGGUGGCCAAGAGGCGGAUGGUCUGCAGAGCAGCGCAAGAAAAUACCCCAGCGUGACGGUUGACCAAAAGUUUCCCAUCAUCAACUUUGAACGACUGGAGGAACAGUCCAUUCUCGGCCGUGGGGGGUUCGCUUACGUAAUGCAAGCCCGACAUCUGGACUGGAAGCAGGACGUAGCUGUCAAAUAUCUGCUGACUCGCCAGAUAGAAGGAAGUGAGCAAGAAGUGCUGUAUUCUGAAGCAAGGAAAUUGAAGCUGGCCAGCAAUUCGGUCCACGUCAUCAGUCUGCUGGGGGUCUGUCUGGACCCAAACUUCGCAAUCGUGAUGCCCUUCAUGGAGAACGGCUCUCUGGCCGGGCUGCUGCGGGAUGUGGACGUGCCCUGGGCCCUGAGGUGGAGAAUGGCGCACGAGAUCUCCCUGGGGAUGACUUUCCUGCACUGCCAGAACCCACAGAUUCUCCACUGUGAUCUGAAGGCAGAGAACGUGCUACUGGAUGGCGACUUCCAUGUGAAGAUUUCAGACUUCGGACUGUCCAAGUGGAAGAUUGAAUCUCGUGUUGUCACCCAAACCAGUCCAGAAGGAAGCACAAUCACGCAUGCGCCACCUGAGUACUUCAUGGAUAUCAACCUUGUUCCAACUGAGAAGUUUGACGUCUACAGUUUUGGAGUGCUGCUUUGGGAGAUAGUAACAAGAACGGGGCCAUAUGGGAAUGCUGUGAACUCUGCCCUGAUCAGGCUUGCCGUGACGUCAGGACAGCGACCUGACCUGACCCUGAUUCCCACAGACCGAGAGGACGUGACGUCAGUGAGUCAGCUGAUGCAGACAUGUUGGAGUCAGAACCCGGAGGACAGGCCUUCAUUUGACGACUGUGCUGACCGACUUCGCCAUGUGAAGGACAGGUUCAGCCGGGAGGAGGUUCGACAGGCAAUUAUCAUUGUGGAGAAGAUGAAGGUCCACUUCUGGAACAACAAGUUCGACACGUUCCCAGAAGUCCUGUGUGAACUACCUGCCAUGGAGAAACUGGACAUAAGGAACAACAACAUCACCAGGCUCCCAAUCGCCCUUCACCGAGCAGACAAGCUGAAAGACUUGGAUGUUUCUGGAAACCCCCUGACAUACCCUCCACGGGAUGUGUGUAAACAAGGGACCGGCGCCAUCAUGGCCUUCCUGAAACAGGAGGCUGAGAAAGAUGAGAGAAUUCUCCGUGCCUUCAACCGUCUGUCCGUGAGGAUGAGCCAAACCCAGUGGAAACCUCUCGCCCGGAGCCUGGGGCUCAGCAACAGGGCCAUGGACGCCAUCAAGGCUUCCGCCCCAGACGACGUUCCAGACCAGGUGUACCAGACGCUGGUACAGUGGAGAGCGAAGGCAGGUGAGGCGGCCACACUUUCCGCCCUGGAGCAGCACCUCAGAGACCUGGACUUUCAGCAGCUGGCGGACCAGCUUUCACCGACACAUAGGAUGCCAGUGCUAGAGGACUUGGACCAGCCCUCGGUGCUGUUGGUGGUCAAGAGGCUGAUAUACCCCAGCGUGACGAUUGACCGCAGGUUCCCUAUUGUGGAGUCUGGGCGCCUGGAGGAACAGUCCAUUCUCGGCCGUGGGGGGUUCGCCUUCGUGACGAAAGCCCGACACCUGGAUUGGAGACAGGACGUAGCUGUCAAAUGUCUGCUGACUCGCAAGUUAGAAGGAAGUGAGCAAGAGCUGCUAUACUCCGAGGCGAGGAAACUGAACCUGGGAAGCCGAUCAGACCACGUCAUCAGUCUGCUGGGGGUCUGUCUGGACCCAAACUUCGCCAUCGUGAUGCCCUACAUGGAGAACGGCUCUCUGGCCGGGCUGCUGCGGGAUGUGGACGUGCCCUGGGCCCUGAGGUGGAGAAUGGCGCACGAGAUCUCCCUGGGGAUGACUUUCCUGCACUGCCAGAACCCGCAGAUUCUCCACUGUGAUCUGAAGGCAGAGAACGUGCUACUGGAUGGCGACUUCCAUGUCAAGAUUUCAGACUUUGGACUGUCCAAGUGGAAAGCCGAAUCUCGUGUCGUCACUAAAACCAGCCCGGAAGGAAGCACUAUCACGCAUGCGCCGCCGGAGUAUCAUUCGAACAUCAACCUGGCUCCGAACACCAAGUUUGAUGUCUACAGCUUUGGGGUGCUGCUGUGGGAGAUUGUUACUAGAAGGCAGCCCUAUGCACUUGCUGCCAACUCGGCCCUGAUCUCCAUGGCGGUCACCAUGGGUCAACGACCUGACCUGACCCUGAUCCCCACAGACCGGGAGGACGUGACGUCAGUGAGUCAGCUGAUGCAGACAUGCUGGAGUCAGGACCCGGAGGACAGACCGACAUUCGACGACUGUGCUGACCGACUCCGCCAUGUGCAGGACAGGUUUAGCCGGGAAGAGAUUCGACAGGCCAUUAUCACUGUGGAGAAGAUGAAGGCUGCAGCCAGCAGGAAGUAA